GUGACGUGGUGAUGAACUGCCUGCCGCUGUUUCAUAUUCACGGACUGGUGGUGAAUGUGCUUGUUCCCGCCAUGGCUGGGUCUGUGGCCGUUUGCCUACCCAGCUUCGAUGCGAACGCUGCGGCCAAGCAGCUAGGGGAAGGCAUCUCCGUCUACUCUGCGGUGCCUUCUGCACACCAUGCAAUUCUGGAAUCCUUGCCCAUCGGCGCCUCCUACGAGAGCCUCAGGAUCAUUCGGAAUUGCUCUGCGCACCUCCCUGCCUCGUUGGCUACGGA